UGGCGGGGACGCGAGCGGUGGCCGCGGGGAGCAGGGCAGGCGUCUGGGGGGCCGCAGCCUUCCGAGGGCCAGCCGUCGCCGAGCCUGGGGCUGGGUCCGAGUCGUGGCGAGGCGGCAGCCCCGCGCACACCAAAGAGGAGCCGACUGUGGUGACAGCGGCGGCCCCAGCCAUGCUGUGCUAUGUGACGAGGCCGGACGCGGUGCUGAUGGAAGUGGAGGUGGAGGCGAAAGCCAACGGCGAGGACUGCCUCAACCAGGUGUGCAGGAGAUUGGGAAUCAUAGAAGUUGAUUACUUUGGACUGCAGUUUACUGGUAGCAAAGGUGAAAAUUUAUGGCUGAAUCUGAGAAACCGGAUCUCUCAACAGAUGGAUGGGCUAGCCCCUUACCGGCUUAAACUGAGAGUCAAGUUUUUCGUGGAGCCUCAUCUCAUCCUACAGGAGCAGACUAGGCACAUUUUUUUCUUACACAUCAAGGAGGCCCUCUUGGCAGGCCACCUCCUUUGCUCUCCAGAGCAGGCAGUGGAACUCAGUGCCCUCCUGGCCCAGACCAAGUUUGGGGACUACAACCAGAACACUGCCAAGUACAACUACGAGGAGCUGUGUGCAAAGGAGCUCUCCAGUGCUGCCUUAAACAGCAUUGUGGCAAAGCAUAAGGAGUUGGAGGGGACCAGCCAGGCUUCUGCUGAAUACCAAGUUUUGCAGAUUGUGUCAGCAAUGGAAAACUAUGGCAUAGAGUGGCAUUCUGUGAGGGACAGUGAAGGGCAGAAACUCCUCAUUGGGGUUGGACCUGAAGGAAUCUCAAUUUGUAAAGAUGACUUUAGCCCAAUUAACAGGAUAGCUUAUCCUGUGGUGCAGAUGGCCACCCAGUCAGGAAAGAACGUGUACUUGACAGUCACCAAGGAGUCUGGGAACAGCAUCGUGCUGCUGUUUAAAAUGAUCAGCACCAGGGCGGCCAGCGGGCUGUACCGAGCGAUAACUGAAACGCAUGCUUUCUACAGGUGUGACACGGUGACUAAUGCCGUCAUGAUGCAGUAUAGUCGCGACUUGAAGGGCCACUUGGCGUCUCUGUUUCUGAAUGAGAACAUUAACCUUGGCAAGAAGUAUGUCUUCGAUAUUAAAAGAACAUCAAAGGAGGUAUAUGACCAUGCCAGGAGGGCACUCUACAAUGCUGGCAUUGUGGACCUUGUUUCUAGAAGUGACCAGAGCCCUCCAAACUCUCCUCUGAAGUCCUCAGAGAGCAGCCUGAACUGCAGCAGCUGUGAGGGCCUCAGCUGCCAGCAGACCAGGGCGCUGCAGGAGAAGCUGCGCAAGCUGAAGGAAGCCAUGCUGUGCAUGGUGUGCUGCGAGGAGGAGAUCAACUCCACCUUCUGUCCUUGUGGCCACACUGUGUGCUGUGAGAGCUGUGCUGCCCAGCUGCAGUCGUGCCCCGUCUGCAGGUCGCGUGUAGAACACGUCCAGCACGUCUAUCUGCCCACCCACACCAGUCUUCUCAAUCUAACUGUGAUCUGAUUGUUGUGCGUUUGUUGGACUUGCCAUGUUUCCAUAAACUGCACUAUUACAAACUAUAAAACUGAUAGAUUGUGGAGAAAGUAAUUCUUCCAACACCCAUCUGCCAUGCGACAUUAGGAAAAAAAAGGAAGAAAAAUAACAAUACAGUUACUCCUCACCGCAAAAACACAUCCAUGCGUAGAACCAACAGCUCCGGUGUGGGGACCAGGAAGAGCUCUCAGACAAAGGCACAUUUCCUUGGACUUUCAUUUUUUUAUGAUCAAAUAAAGGAAUAGGUAAAAUCUU